AUGGCUUCCAGAAAUUCGGACGACGUCGACGUGGAAACUGCCCAUCCGGACAAGGCAUUCGCGGACAAUGUCGAGACCGUUGCCAAUUCCGCCAAACCCAAUGCCCAGAAAGAGGCGCCGGUAUACGUUGCUGGCUUGUCUCCGGAAGAGCGCGAGAUCGCCGAGCGAGCUCUUGUUCGCAAGAUCGAUCUGCGCCUACUGCCCAUGCUGAUCAUCAUGUACAUUCUGAACUACCUCGACCGAAACAACAUUGCUGCUGCCCGUCUUGCAGGUCUGGAGUCGGACCUUGGCCUUCAUGGCAACCAGUACGCGACCUGCGUUAGCAUCCUGUUCGUCGGUUACCUGUUGAUGCAGGUCCCGUCCAACCUGCUUCUCAACAAGAUCGGAAAGCCUGCUAUUUACCUGCCCGUGGCUAUGAUGGCCUGGGGUGUCAUCUCAACUCUUACGGGUGCCGUUCAAAGCUACGCCGGUCUUGUGGUGGUUCGGUUUUUCCUCGGUUUCGUAGAGGCCGCCUACUUCCCUGGUUGCUUAUAUUUCCUGAGUGCAUGGUACACUCGUAAGGAACUGGGGUUCCGCACUGCCGCCCUCUACUCCGGUUCGCUUCUAUCUGGUGCCUUCUCUGGAUUGAUCGCUGCUGGUAUCACUGGUAACAUGGACCACGUCAAGGGCCUGCGGGCUUGGCGUUGGCUAUUCAUCAUUGAAGGUGCUAUCACCAUCGCGAUCGCCUUCAUUGCUAUUUGGGUCCUGCCCAAUUUCCCUCGCACCACUACUUGGCUCACAGAGGAAGAAAAGGACCUGGCUGUCUGGCGACUGGAGGAGGAUAUCGGAGAGGAUGAUUGGGUUGACAGCGAACAGCAGUCCUUUUUGAAUGGUGCUAAGCUGGCGUUUACCGAUAUCAAGACUUGGGUUCUAAUGCUCAUGAUUCUCUGCAUCGUCUCCUCCGCCUCCGUGACCAACUUCUUCCCUACCGUUGUCCAGACGCUCAACUACGGCAACAUCGAGACUCUCCUCCUCACUGCGCCUCCGUAUUGCCUCGCUGUAAUCACGGCAUUCAUCAACGCCUGGCACUCAGAUCGUACCGGAGAGCGAUACUUCCACGUCACUCUGCCCUUGUACAUUUCGGUCGCGGCCUUCAUCAUUGCUGCCACUACGACCGGCGUCGCCCCUCGCUAUGUGUCGAUGAUGCUCAUGGUGCCGUCGUUCUAUUCUGGAUAUGUGGUCGCCCUCGGUUGGAUCUCGAACACCCUACCCCGUCCUGCAUCCAAGCGUGCUGCUGCGCUUGCUGCGAUCAACUGCGUUAGCAAUGCUAGCAGCAUUUACGCCAGCUACAUGUACCCCGACAGUGACAAGCCGCGGUUCAUCACUGCCAUGUCCGUCAACUGCGCCACUGCCUUUGUAGCUAUUAUUUCAGCAACUAUCCUCCGCUUCAUCCUGGUCCGUCUGAACAAGAAGCUGGAUCGUGGCGAGCACGUCGAGGGUGCCGUUCCUGGCCAGGCCAGCAGCCGUGGCUUCCGCUUCUUGAUCUAG